AUGAAAAAUCAGGAAGACGUAUUAUUUGCAAUUGAAAGCCAAAAACCAUCAUCGCCAAAAUUCAUCCUGAACUUAAACACAAAUGGUAACCAAAAUAAUUCUUCCCUAGUAACAGGAAAGAAAAUAAAAUCAUGCCAAGCCCUCCCAACUAAAAAAUCUUUAUCUAAAAAGCCAGAAAAUCUUUUAAAAACAAAACCUCAAUUAAAGAAAUCAGAAACAAAUAUAAUCUUAAAAGAUAAAAUAUCAAUAAGCAAAGAAACUUCUCCUGCAAAAAUUGCACCAGCUGUAAAAUCAAUUCCAAAAAGAUUUAAGAGUCCUCCUGAGCCGAAAAUUGAACACGAAAUAAGUCCUAAGCCUUGACGAUCUAAAUCAUCUAAACGAGACAGAAAAAUCCAACUGUCUCAGCCAAAACAAAUAGAAAUUGAAGCUGUAAAAGAAAAGCCAGCCAGCGGAAAAAUAAAGAAGAUUAUCAACGAAACACUCACAAAAAAAAUCACUUACUCCCCCCGUGAGUGAACAAAACCAUUAGAAAAAUCCCUAUCUUUUGCCAAAAACCCACCCUUCCUGAGUGAACAAAAAUUUUUUUAUAAAAAAAUUUUGAUAUAUAAAUGAUAAUUAGUAUAAUGAAAUCUAGAGCUAAUUCUGUUUAAUUUUAAACAAAUUGCUUUUUAAAACAUAAAUUUUAUAAAUUAAAUUAAUAUUUGCUUUCCAAUUUUUGUGAAUUAGGAUUUUUUUAAAUUGCGAAAAAAAAUAUUUUUUUAUAAAAUUUAUAUAUAAAUUUUUUUAAAAAAAAAAUUAACCCCCCCUCCGUGAGUGUGAACAAAAUUGUUUUGUUCACUCACUUAGAAAAGAGUUUAAACAUCAAAAAAGAAGAAGAAAUCAAGAAAAAAGAAGAAGAAAAGAAAAAUAAAUUGAAAAAAGCAAAUGAAGCCAUUAGAAAACAAAAUGCGAAAAAAAUUACAAAAGAGAAAAAACUUCAUAAAUUGGCUUGAGGUGUAGAUCAAAGUAAAUUUGAAAAUAAAGAAUAUGAAAGAAAUGCUGAAGAAAUAGAACUCAAAGAAAAGAAAAGAGCUGAGAGAGAACGGUCACUUAACGAAAGAAGAGCUCAUAUUGGAUUAGAUUUAUACCCAAAUAUUAGACCAAGACGAAAAAGCCCCAAAAUCGAAAAACCAAAAGAAACGCAUUGAAGCCCUGACCCAAACAUCCAAAAAUAUAUGAAACUUAAAAGAAAAGAAGUCAAAAUCGCAGAGCUUCAAAGUAGGCUUGAAGAAUUAGUAAAAGAAAAAGAAAGAGAAAGAGCACUUGAAAUGAUAGACAAGCAGCGAAAAUCAGCAGUGAAAAAAACCAAAAAGAAAAAGAAAAAAAAGAUUCUUUAUAACAAUAUUCAAGAAUAUACGAAAAAGCGCUUACUAUCCGAGCCUUUAUCACAAAGUGAAUACAUAAAUCCAAUGAGCCUUUACAGACAUGAAAGUGACCCGAAAAAGUCCCCAAACCAUAAAAUAAAUAAUCUGAGUGCCUGAAAAAUCCAAACUGAUUCUGACCUUUCAGAUAUAGCUGUGCAUCCUUAUGGCCAUGAGUCUUUGGAAGAUCUCAAAGUCUCAGAUAGUAUCCGAGAUAGCCAAGGAUUAUUAAAAGAAAAAUUAAAAAAUCUUCAGGAAAGAGUACUAGAAGCCAAACAAUUAAUGCAUGAUAAAUAUAGCCCUGAUAAAGCAGCAAUUAUUAUUCAAAGAUGGUUUAGAAGUGUAUUAAAAAAUAAGAUAAUUGAAGAAAUUGAAGAAUCAUACCAAUCUCAUUCGUCUGAAGAUCUAGCGUUCAGCAGCUCUCUUUUGAAUUCUUUAUUUACCAAAAAAAACAUUGAGCCGAUUGAAAUUGAGUCUUUUCCUCAUCAUGAAGAAUUAACGUUACAAGACCAAAGCUCAAACUCUUCGAAUUUUUCUUUAAAAAGGCAAGAAACAGAAAGAGAUGAAGAAUGGAUUGAUAUUAAAGACCCUCCACCAGAAAGCCUGAAAAAUAGCAAAAGUGAGCUUGUGGAUCAAUUUAGGCUGACAUUGCAAAAUAGAUUUAAUGAGAUUGAACAAAAAUUUUUAGAUAAUGAAAUAAUGGUACAAGCUCAGCUUGAUGAGCUUGGAAGUGUUGGAGAAAAUUCGAUAAUAAAGACUGGCGGUACAGAGUCAUCAAGCAGCCUCCGAACUCCUUGUGAAGUUCAGUCAACACCUGAGGUUUCUGAUCGUGAAAGGCAGCCUGUGAAAAUUCCUCCUUUACCUAUAGGAAAAAUUGCAUUUAAAAUACAAAAAUAUGAGGAAUCAGAAGCCUCAAAUGAGCCUUAUAUAAAUGUACACUGUACAUUAAUCCUCUUGGCGCAAUUUUCUCAACACCUGCAGGGAGGAGCGAGCUGAGAAACAGGUUUGGCAUCAUUGAUAUAUAUUGGGUGGGCUUUCCUUGUGCUUCAGGGAGCUAACCCUUGGACAUGGGGUUAGCCUCGGUGGUUUUUGAGAAGGCGCGGUCAGAAACGAUCUGGCUGGGUAUAGCGAUAAGACUCUGCACAAACCACAAGACGGUAUGUGCCUAUCACAAUACUGGAAGUUGUGUCCCGGGAGAAUCACCCCUUAGUCAGAAUUUCCGAUCCGAAUCUUCUGUGGGGGAGGGACUGCAGAGGUGCAAAUCCUCGGUCCAUGCUGUGAUGACGAACAUUGAUAAUUAAUUAAUAUCAAUGUACACGAAGAAUAUGAGGAGCCUAUAUAUGAAGAAGGAAGUUCGUCAAGAAAAGAAAACUCUACGAUUGAAAAUGAAAUUUCAGACGAAGAAAGCAGUCUAGAAGAAAGAGAUCAUGCAGAUUCCAGUGAUAGAGAAAUAUUUUCUCCACGAAUUGAAUGGAUUUCAGCGGAAAAGCCUUCUAGCCAUAGAUUAAAAGAUUUUACUGCCGAUGAAGCCCCAGAGCCUGAUAAAUCUGAGCAAUCUCAAAUAGAUUCAUUAGAAAACAGUUUUGAGUAUAAAGUUAAUAAAAAGGCAGAAGAAGUUUGCACUUAUAAGCCUAAAACUUUAGACUUAAGAGCUAUGCUUGGCAAGCAUGAGAAUAAUUGAAAUCUAGAGAAAUCUUCGAAAGAAAUAAAUGAGCAACCAAUUUUGAAAAAUAAUGAAAAAGAAAGUGCAGUCGAAUUAAUUUUGAAUGGGCCUGAAAGAGAACUCCAAAAAGGCAAAAUAGACUCUGAAAUUAGAAAAUUUGUCAGUGAAAAAGUGACAGCUGAUAAGCUUCCACUUCAAACAGAGGAGAAAAUGAAACCUUAUAAGCCUGAGAUUGUGCAAAAUAUAUAUGAGGACAGAAUUAUGAGAACUUUUCAAGAAAAACAGAAGGGAGAUACAGAGCCUAAAAAGAAUUCAGCAAACCGAUAUGAUAAUUUCGUAAAAGUAAAAGAUACUGAAUUCCCAACAAACCAAAAGCACACAGAUGCUCAUUCAGAUGAAUCUGAAGAAGAUUUGUGGAUUGCUGGAUCAUCUUCUUAUAAAGUCCCUCAAGAAAGCCCUUCAUCAAUUUCAAGCUCUUCAAAAUCUCCAAGGCCUUUUGUGAGUAAUGUUAAAAUCCCACAAAAUAUAAAACCAAAUAUUGUUCCACCCCCACAAGAAAGUCCAAAACAAUUGAAUUCUAUAGGCUUUCUACAAGACUCGAAUAAAUUUUUAAAUAAAGUCAAAUCUCUGGCAGAAAGCUCAGCACAAAUCCAAAAUUCCCCAUCGAGCGCUCUUAAAUCUCCUUUAAACAUUCCAUCUACAAUUUUCUACGAAAAUCCUCAAAAAAUCCCAGAUAUCCCUAAACUUCCAUUAGAAAACAUAAGAGGAGCAGCACUUAUAAAAUCUCCAAGAAUAGAAAAUCAAAAAGUAAUACCAAAUAUUUCGAAUGGAAACAAGCUAUUUUUAAAUCCAUCUCCACAUCCCCAAGAAGAACUACCAUGCAAGCUACCUCAAGAACCUGAAAAUAAAAAGCCUUCUCAGGAAAGCAUCACAAAAGGCAUAUUAUUAACUGACCACAAAGAACUUUUCUGUGAAAAGCCUGACCCUUCAAAAGAAGGGCUAAAUAAAGAUUUUAUUUUACAAAAGAAAAUUCCUGGACUAUCCGAAUCAGAUAAAUACUCUGUAUCAAGCUCAGACAGAGAAUACCAAUCAGUUCCAAGCUUAGAAAAUUUACAUGAAGGAAAUGCUUCGCCUUUAAAUUUAGAAACUGACACAUUUGAUAAAGAUGAAAGCUCUGACGACUCAGAUCUUGAUAUUAUGAAAAGAAUUAGAAGCCACAUCGAAGAAGAUUCUUCAGAGUCAGACCGCAAGUUUUCUCCAUUUUCUAAAAAAGACAUUUUUCCGCUCGAAUCACCCCAUGGUGAAUCAGAAAAUUCUUUAAUUGACUAUGAGCAUGACACUAACUCAUUGGAAAGUCCAAAAGAUAUUGUUCUGACAUCAAUAAAUACGACAGAGUCUGAUGAUUUUACAGAAGAAUUUAUAAAUCAAGUGAUUCAUAAAGAAGUUUGGCUGUAUUUGCAAAAAGUCCCAUUCCAAGACAUUAGCCCUCAGAUUGACCCAAGCUUGACUUUUAUAGAUGAAUAUCUUGAUGUUAUGCUGAGCCAGCUUUUCCCUAUAGAAAAUGAAAUUCUAGACUCCAUAAACACUCCUGCAUACCAUGAUCCAUUAAGCAGGCUAUCUCUCCUCCAAAACGCAGAAAUUGGCUCAUUAGUGAAAUACCCCACUUUAGACUUAAUUUUGCCUCCAGAGCUGUGCACCGAGCUGAAAUCUGGGUUUAACUCAUUAGAUGCCCCAUCAAGACAGAUUUAUCUUCAAAUGCUUUUUGACUGUGUAAAUGAAGCACUUAAUUAUAUUCGGCCAUAUGACACCAAAGGAAUCCCUGAUCCAUGGAGUACUCAUCAGAGGACAUUAUUUGGGGAGUCUCAUCUUAUAAAUGUAUUCGAAAAAGUCAAAGAAACCAUGUAUAAAUGGGCUUGCUUAAGAGGAGGAAUAUACCCUACUAUAGAAAUGAUCAUGCCGAAUGGGGGAAUUGACGAAAAUAGGCUACAAGUUUUCAGAGAAGAAAAAAUGAGUGGAUUAUUAUGCCAAGAUGUACAUGAAGAAGAAAAUAGUUGGCUUGACUAUGAGGAAGAAGAAGUUCAAGUAAAGCUUGAUCUUGCAGAUAUGGUUCUAGAAGUGAUUGUGGUCGAAACCAUAAAAUUGUUACAAAUUAAAUAA